GCUGCAGGGCGCCGGGCGGGCGGAGAGGAGGUCGCUUGAUGAAGGACGCAGGUCACGCAUGCGCAGUGCAGGAUCUCGGCUCAUGUGGAGGUCAGAGCAGUAAGGAGGACCGGUGGUAAACAAUGGCAGGAAAAAUCUUUGAGUCGAUUGGAAAGAUUGGCCUGGGGCUAGUAGUGGCUGGAAGUGUGGUGAAAUCGGCCCUAUUUAAUGUGGAUGCUGGUCACCGCGCUGUCCUAUUUGACCGAUUCCGAGGGGUUCAAGAAACUGUAGUAGAUGAAGGAACACAUUUCCUCAUCCCCUGGGUGCAGAAACCAAUCUACUUUGACUGUCGGUCCCGCCCCCGCAACGUCCCUGUGAUUACAGGGAGCAAAGAUCUACAGAAUGUGAACAUCACUCUGCGUAUUCUGUACCGGCCGUUUGCCGAUCAGUUGCCGAGAAUCUACACAAGCAUUGGCGAGGACUACGAUGAAAGAGUUUUACCUUCCAUUACUACUGAGAUUCUUAAAUCGGUGGUGGCCAGGUUUGAUGCUGGAGAGCUGAUCACACAGAGAGAGCUGGUUUCUCGGCAGGUCAGUGAAGAUCUCACAGAGAGAGCGGCUACCUUUGGGAUUAUCCUGGAUGAUGUGUCUCUGACACAUUUGACUUUCGGAAAGGAGUUCACGGCAGCUGUUGAAGCUAAACAAGUAGCUCAGCAGGAAGCAGAAAGAGCCAGGUUUAUCGUGGAGAAGGCUGAGCAACAGAAAAAGGCAGCCAUCAUAUCUGCGGAAGGAGAUUCUAAGGCUGCAGAACUCAUUGCAGCAGCUCUGACUGAUGCUGGCGACGGUCUAAUCGAACUGCGAAAACUGGAAGCUGCCGAAGAUAUCGCAUACCAAAUGUCCCGCUCCCGUAACAUCACGUACCUGCCCCCAGGACAGACCACACUACUGCAGCUGCCACAGUAACCUUGCAAGGCAUAACCACCCCCCCAAUGUUUGCCCCUGUGUCCUCAAAAGGGCUUUUGACAAUAAAAUAUUCCUAGGUCCCCUUUUACCAGAUCAGGAAGCAAUGAACAUUUUUGCUUCUUGCAUAAUCCCGCAGAAUAAGGUGCAGCAGUCUGUAGUGACCUGUCUUAACCAGAAACUAGCAUUCAAUAGAUUUGUGGACAGGUGAUGGAAAGGAUAAAAUUAAUUGGUUACUGCAUACCUGUGCACUUCCAUGGUAAUGAGUCGAGCCCUUCAUAAAAGUAAAGGCACCGUGUUAUAAAUUCCCUAGAUCAACAGACAACCCCAAAUAGUGGAAUGUAUUGUGCAAUCCAUUGCAUUGUCUACAUUUUCUGUUUUUUAACAGCACUGUAAAAUGGUGCCUGUAAGCACUUAAAAUAAUAUCUCGGGUCUUAUAUCAGUUACAACCUAAAGCUAAUAAGCUAAUUUCUCAUGAAAAGGAGGACGGAAGCUGCCCCCCCCCCCCCCCCCCCCCCCAAUGCUAGUAAUGCUGAUCCAGUGGCAUCAGUCCCUUAAGAGUCUCUGAACUUGAACAAGUAUACAGAUCAUGAGUUCUGUCUUCUCUGGUUGCUUGUCCCAGGUCAGGUCAGAAACGUACAGCGUUUCCAGAAAGUGAGCUUGGCAAGAACAGUGUCCAUGUUUCUCUUAUGACUGCAGUAGUUCCUUUUUCAAACACAUUUAACACUUCCAUGAGGAUAGCCAAUCUGUGCCUCUCCAUACAAGAUUCUUAACUGCAUACCAAGUCCAUGUCAUUCCUCCUAAUUGGGGCUUUUUGGAGGGGGCCUGUGUUCACACUUUUGAUUUGCAUUCUGUCUUUUCAUUAAAAAAAAAUAUAUCUGUA